AUGUCUUCAGGGCAAGCCUGGUCCGGUGAGGUGCCGAUAAAAGACGGAAGACGGAAGCGCGGCGGCAGACCAGCGAUACAGCAGAGCGGCGAGCUGGAUAAGAGUAACACUGCUUCCCACUCCGUUCCCUCCCACUCCGUUCCCUCCCACUCCGUUCCCUCCCCUUCCUUUCCCUCCCACUCCGUCCCUCCCACUCCGUUACUUCCCAUUCCGUUCCUUCCCACUCCGUCCCCUCCCACUCCAUUCCCUCCCGAUCAAUUCCCUCUCACUCCGUUCCCUCCCACUCCGUUUCCUCACAUUCCGUUCCCUCCCACUCCGUUCCCUCCCACUCCGUUCCCUCCCACUCCGUUUUCUCCCACUCCGUUCCCUCCCACUCCGUUCCUUUCCACUCCGUUCACUCCCACUCCGGUCCUUCCCACUCCGGUCCUUCCCACUCCGUUCCCUCCCACUCCGUUUUCUCACACUCCGUUCCCUCCCACUCCGUUCCUUUCCACUCCGUUCACUCCCACUCCGCUCCCUCCCACUCCGUUUUCUCCCACUCCGUUCCGUCCCACUCCGUUCCCUCCCACUCCGUUUCCUCCCACUCCGUUUCCUCCCACUCCCUUCCUUCCCACUCCGUUCCGUCCCACUCUGUUCCCUCCUACUCCGUUUUCUCCCACUCCGUUUUCUCCCACUCCGUUUUCUCCCACUCCGUUCCCUCCCACUCCGUUCCUUUCCACUCCGUUCACUCCCACUCCAUUCCCUCCCACUCCGUACCCUCCCACUCCAUUCCGUCCCUCUCCGUUCCGUCCCACUCCGUUCCCUCCCACUCCGUUUCCUCCCACUCCAUUCCUUCCCCCUCCGUUCCCUCCCACUCCCACUCCCGUCACCCGCUCUCACAUUCUUCUCGCUCUUCUCCAUGGAGCUCUUUUCACUGCUCCCGCCCAAUGCAUCUCCACAUAUCUCUCCAGGUAA